CCCCCUCCUCUUCCCCGUAUGUCUAUGUUAUUUUGUGUAAGCGUUAUAUCCCUGUAUGUCCUAGCUUCGUCGAAACGUAUAAACAUAAACAAUAAUUGAUUAAAAAUAGAAGCUUUAUCUCAUUUAUUGAAUUUAAAAGAUGAACAGAACGGUAAAUUAAAUUCGUUAUUAUUUGUUUACCUCGUACCAGAGGCCUAUUUGCCUCAUCCAUGUGCGUCUUCAAAUUUUAUUUGUAAAUAUUUUUUUUUUUUACGAAUACAACGCGUGGUUGUCGUUCGCACUUUGAGGCCUCGACUCAAGAGAAUGGAGAAAUGAAAAGCAGCUUUCAGCAACAGCUAGAAAGCGGAUUGAGUUACUCGUACGAGGGUUCUCAUGCAAUGUACUCUUCAAAUACAUCAGCGCCUUCGAGCGUCAAUCAACCAUUGCCGGGUCAACCACCGUUACCACCUAUGCCACCUCCCCCAGGAGCUUUGCCUCCUCUUCCUCAUGUAUUUCACAUUCAAACAUGGGCGCAUCCUCCUCCCCCACCCUGGCAAUGGAUAACUCCGCAAGCAAGUGCUUUGCAGUCCCAAACUCAGAGGGAAGUGACAAACAACGCUUACCAGCGAAACGCUGUUACACGUAAUAAUUAUGCCCGGCGUGAGAGAUUUAAUCAGACUCGUAACAACGUUUAUGCACCAAGAAACACAUUUCACCGUAAUAAAAAUCGCAGACCCCCGCAGCGCUAUGAACAACAAACACAGCAACAAGGCCAAUUCGAUUCAACCGCCUAUUUUGGCCAAACUCUAAAUGGCGCUGUUGGUCUUGAAUGGCAAAGGAGCAAUAUGAAUGCCACUGCCAAUGCAGCUCAAAGCGAAGCCAUGACCAACCGUACACCAGCCUCGAUUUCAGCUCAUCACAUGACAGCAAAUUCGAGAAUCGUGGCAUCGCGUACUGACGAUGAAACUACUGACCAGGGCAUCAAAAUAAUUUCCGAGGUUUCGUUGAAGAAGAGCAAGCAAAGAAAACCAAUGUCUCAAAACUAUCCGAGUCGGCCGUGGAAUCGAGAAGACGCAGAGAGCGCUUUGCAGAUCGAAAACGAAUACAACAAAACGAUAAGAGCGCAAAGUCUGAUCAUCAAAUUCCCGGAUCCCGAUCUCAACAAGGAUAUUGUGCGAGAGUUCCAUCCUGGUAUACAAAAUAUACAUUUCCAGAGCCCGAGUGGACCGCGAUAUUGCUUCAUACAAAUGGCGGAGAAUGUGAACAUUGAUAAAGCGAUCCGAGAACUCGAAAAAAUACCUUUUGGUGUGGGUAAUCUUAAAGUUGAGAGAAAGUCGUUGAGGGACGAGGAUAACCCAAUGCCCGAAGAAAUUGAUCCCUACACUCUUUAUGUGGGUAAUUUGCCCGAAUCUGUCAAUGUUAACGAAGUCAAAAAUAAAUUCCCUACAGCAGCACGGGUUGAUGUUGGAUAUGCCCAAAAAAUGCGCAAUACUCGUUACGCCUUUAUAAGGUAUACGAAUGUUGAAGAAUCAAUAGCAGCAUACAAACAAGCUCACGAUUUAAUGUGGGACACGAGAAGUAUUAUAGUGAGAUUCAGAAGACAACGAGGCAACACGUGUUUGCCAGGCGAACCAAAAAAUAACGGCAAAAAAAUGAAAGAGGAGCCGGCGAAUAACGAGCAAGUCCCGAAGGAUCGUGCCAAUUGCGUCAAUAGUAUGAAAGGGCAACAUAUUUCGAGACCGUCCACAGUUGGUAACGAGUGUGAGAAGAAUUCUGGUACCAAUCGACAAGACAUUUCGGCACCACCAACGAUUUUAGAAAAGCAGACGAAUAACUUGCAACAGACGACAAAAAACGUUCAGCGUGCAGCGAUUGUCGAAUCACCGGCAUCGGUGAACGAAGCAACGGAACCAGCUAUUCAAAAUGAGUCAGUUGCGGAAACGAUUAUGGUAACCGAAAUUAAAGAAGAGCCCGAGGAUUAUGAUGAUAUGGAAAUGCCGUAUAUGGAAGAGGACGAUGAUGAUGAUGAUGAUGACGAUGACGAUGAUGAAGACAAUUUGAUGGGAGAAGAAGAUGAUCUCGAAAAUGAUUAUGUCGGUGACGAUGUCGAUGACGAGGAAGAGGACAUGUUGAACGAAAGCAGUUUAGCCCAAAGACGAGAAAAAGAUUUAACAAAUUCCGAACCAUCCGACGAACUCGAUCCAAUAUUCGGUGAACUCGAAAAUUCUAUUCCUCGUGAUAUCGAGCUCUGAAUUGAGCUGAUUCAGCGAGUAUUUUAUGAUAUCACUGAAGCUGUGAAGUACCUAACGCUAAUACUCUUCAGUGCGUAGCUUGUAAAUAUGAAUUUAUUAGUGAAUCGUCAUCGUACCAAACGUAAUAUUGUCUCAGCCAUUCCUCUUAAUUUAAAUAUGAUAAUGAUAAUAAUUGUAAUAAUGAUAUCUACGUAAGAUCAUAAUUUAUGAUAGUUGAACAUGUAUGAAUUUAAUUUAUGACAAUGGAGACAGCAAUGUUUAGUGAUUUCGUCGCGAUUCCUUGAAUUUUCAAAACUUUAAAUAAAUGUAUAACGCGAACUUUUAUGUUUCUUGUAAGCAACAGAGGAUAUCCAAAAGCGGUUAGUAAAAAAAUGUAAGCCCGAGGUGUCGUCAACCAUGUAAACCUUUAUCGAUCACCAUUAAAAAAGAUGUUUAUUUUGUGUA